AUGAUCCCACCAUUCGAUUACUUCACGCAUCGCGCGGCCUGUCGACGGAAGCAAGACGAACGUGCUGAGCGCAUCGCAGCGCUGCCCGGGUCAUACCAAUACCCGCUGUCGUCGGCAGAGAAGAAGGUACUCGAUGAGCCCAUUGAUGAGCUCGUCCAAGAUGUACAGAAGGGUGGGGCGCAGUCUGCCACUGAGGUACUGCAGGCGUACGGCAAGGUGGCACUGAGGGCACAUGAGAAGACGAACUGUGUUACAGAAGUGAUGAUCAAGGAUGCGGAGCGAUGGAUAACAGAAGGCGGGAUCAAUCUGAAGGGACCAUUGGCCGGCAUUCCUGUCAGUCUGAAGGACUCGAUACAUGUUGGUGGCUUUGACACAAGCGUUGGCUAUUCGAGCAAUACUGGACAGCCUCAGCUGGUCGACGGCGCGGUUGUGCGCAUGCUGAAGGACGCUGGCGCCGUUCCAUUCUUGAAGACGGCACUGCCUAUCACCCUGCUCAGUUUCGAAAGUACAAACGACGUCUGGGGCCAGUGCACGAACCCUCACAACACCAAGUACUCCCCCGGAGGUAGCACUGGCGGCGAGGGUGCACUUCUGGCUUUCGGCGGAAGCAGAAUUGGCAUUGGCUCGGACGUAGCAGGAUCCGUGAGGGCACCGGCACACUACUCUGGAUGCUACAGCUUGCGGUGUAGUACUGGUCGCUGGCCCAAGCUCGGCGUCAACACUUCUAUGCACGGCCAGGAAGGCAUACCGUCAGUCUUCUCUCCAAUGGCGCGCACUCUCUUGGAUCUUACUUACUUCACCCGGUCCAUUGUCCAGAUGCAGCCUUGGAGGUACGACCAGUCUGUCCACCCGAUGCCAUGGAGAAGCGAGGUCGAAGACCAGUACAAGAAGCAGCCACUGAAGGUAGGUCUCAUGCGGACCGACAACGUAGUCGACCCGUCACCGGCCUGCGCUCGUGCACUCGAAAUGGCCGCAUCAGCCCUCAAGUCCGAAGGCCACGAAGUCUUCGACGUCUCCCCGCCAGAUCCAUACGAAUCCCUCGUAAUAGCCAGCAACCUGCUCAAUGCCGAUGGCACUCGAACAUAUCGCUCUUUCUUCCGCACUGGCGAGACUGACGAUGCAGGCGCUGCUGUCUUCGGUCGAUAUAUGCGCCUACCACGAUUCAUCAAGUUCUUCUACUGGGCAUACGUUAAGUACAUCAAGCGGGACAGUAUCUGGGCUGGCCUCAUAGCAGACUGGCACGAGAAGUCCGCCUACGAGAACUGGCGACUGGUCUACAAGCGUGAGGCUUACAAGGCUCGAUGGCACGAGUGGUGGAACGGCUUCGGUGACAAGGGCGACGGUCUGGACAUCCUCCUGACGCCUCCGAACUCUACGCCUGCCGUCCCUCAUGGUGGAAUGUCCUCAGCGGCCGCUGCCUGCGGGUACACGUUCUUGUUCAACCUGCUCGACUAUGCCUGUGGCAUACUGCCCGUCACGCACGUCGACCCGAACGUAGACAUGCUUCCGCAGAGCGUGGAUCUGAGUAAGAUGAAUCAUGUUGCGAAGGGUGCCUACAAGCAUUACGAUGCAGUCAAGAUGGUCGGUCUGCCUGUCGCGGUCCAAGUUGUCGGGCGGCGGCUGGAAGAAGAGAAGGUCCUUGCUUGCAUGCAGCAGCUGGAGAAUGCUCUUGAUGCGAAGGGGGAGAAGUAUCAGCUGCUCCAGGUCCCUCAAUAG